CCCCCUAGUUUUCCCCACAUGCUCCUCCCCUGGCUGCUGUGCUGUUGUUUGUGGUGCUCAAGCAGCCGAAGAGCUGGAAGGACUGGGACUGGGGCCGGGGGGAGCACAACAUAAUCGGCUCGGUGCCGCCUGAAACAGGCUGGGAGGAAGCAGGGUUGGCUUGGCCAAGCCGAAGGGCCAGGGGGAGCCGAGUGUGGGGUGGAGAAGGAGGGAAGGGCCUUCGUGGAUUCACCCCCAUACGCCGCAGGGGCACCGUGCGUGUCUUUUGCCCCGCUCCCCUCGUUGUUGUGGUUUCGUUUCUCUCGCCAUGUCGGUGAAUAUGGAGGAGCUGAGGCACCAGGUCAUGAUCAACCAGUUCGUGCUGGCCGCGGGCUGUGCGGCAGAUCAGGCGAAGCAACUGCUGCAGGCGGCGCAUUGGCAGUUCGAGACUGCUUUGAGUGCAUUUUUUCAAGAAACUAACAUUCCAAACAAUCACCACCACCAUCAGAUGAUGUGCACGCCCAGCAAUACUCCAGCCACGCCUCCCAACUUCCCGGACGCGCUCGCGAUGUUUUCUAAGCUGCGGACUUCAGAGACCCUCCAGAGCAGCAACAGCCCCAUCACAGCCAUGGCCUGCUCCCCACCGGGUAACUUCAGCCCUUUUUGGGCCUCCUCCCCUCCCAACCACCAGCCCGCCUGGAUCCCACCCUCCUCUCCAACCAGCCACAACCUCCACCCCCAUCUCCACCACCAGCAGCCCAUGUGGCCACCCGUGUCUCAGCAAGGAGGCGCCCCGCAGAAAGCUAUGGCUGCAAUGGAUGGGCAGAGAUAAGACUCGUUAACAUUGAAGAGGGGGGAAGGGCUGGGGGGGAGAACAGAGAAGAGGCGCAGGGGAUCGGGCGGUGGGGGAGGGGGUUCCCGAAGAUCGCACUGGAAUAUUUUAUAAUUCUUUUUGCAACUCUGCUGGAAUGGCUUCAGCCCAGGGGGUUUUCCCUUCAGGAGAGUCAGAA